AUGUCUAAAAUUCCACCAUUUGACUUCAACUUGGCCUUUCCAAAGCCAGAAACAUGGCUGACCAGCAAACCAGAUGAGUCUCAAGAAAACACAGAAGCUUGGGUCCAGAACACUCAACCACCCCUUUUCUGGGAGUUCAUCGCUGAGCACCCCAUAUCGCUCAAAUUAAAGAAUAUAAAAGGCGCGCUUAGUGCCGGCGCCGAUCCAAACGAAAUGGACCAUGAGCGUGAUCCACGUCGCAGUCUCGGUCGGCCUCUUCAUUGCGCUCUUGGGGAUUGGGGCAACCCUGAUUAUGUGAAAGAAAACAUCCCAGUGAUCAAGCUACUUCUCGGAUACGGUGCUGAUCCACGCUUGCCCGGCCCUCAGGUCAAGCCUGCAUCUUUGGGGCUGCAGUCGCCCGUGGAAUAUGCGAGGCGACUAGCGAUGCGCGAGUGGAAAGGGGCCAAUGAACUGUUGGAAUGCGGGUUUUAUGCAGAAGCUUAUCGUGUCAUGAAAGAGGCUGCUGAUGAUUUGGACCGUGAGUGCUUAUGA